GGAAGCCGUGCCGUUAUGUGGACAGGCUGUGAGUUGUAACAGUUCGUACUACUCGUCAAACCGGAUUUAAACGCGAGCAGAUGUUUUUUGUUUUUAAUCGUGCUGGUAGAGGAUCUGUUUAGGGUUGCAUUUUAUCAACAAUACCGCGCAGCUCCUAUGUUUAGCGAAGUGGAAGCGUUAAGUGUGGAAGGAAGAGGACUCGUUGGAUUCGUCUGUGGAUCUAUGCACACUCGGUCUGAGUAGCAUUCUCAAGAUCACAGCUGCAGGCCUUUUAUUGAUGGGUGCAUACUUUGAGGCAACGCACCAAGACAACUGGAAAUCAUUCAGAAGAGACAGGAACAGUGAGAGGAUGAAGACAAGCUAGACACAGCUGUCUCCAAAGAACUGUAUUGUUGGAAUUGUGCACCUACAAACAUUUGAACUAGCAAAUGUUCACCUGGGCUAAACACAUAAUCCGAAAAACCUGAAAAGCAACUUUGCCAGUUGAAGCUCAACUUCACAAGGAAACGUUGACAGAAAGUGAUCAAUAUGAGUGCUGAAGGAUAUCAGUACAGAGCGCUUUAUGAAUACAAGAAGGAGAGGGAGGAGGACAUUGAUCUGCAUGUGGGGGAUAUACUGUUGGUAAGCAAAGGAGCUCUGGUGGCUCUUGGGUACACUGAUGGGUUGGAACAGAGGCCGGACGACAUUGGCUGGCUGCCAGGCUUCAAUGAAACCACUCAGGAAAAAGGGGACUUCCCUGGGACAUAUGUCGAGUUCAUCGGGAAGAAAUGGAUAUCUCCACCUACACCCAAGCCACGGCCCCUCAGACCCUUACCUGUAGCUCCGGGUGCCUUCAAGGCGGAGACGGAUUCUGACUCGGAGCAAGGCUUCUGUCUGCUGGACUUGACGGAGCAGUUUUCCCUUCCAGACACUACUCCACCCAUGUUGGCCAGACUUCUGGAAGCUAUUGAGAGGAAAGGUCUGGAUAACGCCACUUUAUACCGGACAUUUACUGCUGGUGGUGGACUUGAAGUCAGACAGUACUUUGAUUGUGAUCCUCCUCCCUCAGCAGACCUGGAUCAGCUGGAGCUUCCAGUCCUGUGUGACGGUCUGCGCAGGUACCUGCAGGAUCUACCCCAGCCCAUCGUCCCCACUGCAAUAUACGCUCAGAUGGUCCACACCGCCAAAGAGGUGGUGAAUCCUGAGGAAUGUGCCCAGCUGCUACGUCGCAUCGCCAGCACCCCGAGCCUGCCCCCCCAGUACUGGCUAACCCUCCACUGUCUGCUCAGGCAUUUCGCUAGAGUGUGCCAAAACUGCUCCAAGAACCUGCUGAGCGCCAGGGCCCUGGGCGAGAUCUUCAGCCCUGUGUUUUUCAGACAGCAGGCCACCAGUUGUGAACCCAGCUUGGAUGCUCACAUUAAGAUCAUUGAGCUUCUGGUGACCAGCGAAUGGAGUGAAAGUCUAGCAGCUCCAGCUCUACCUCCAAAGCCACCCAAGCCCGCAUCUGUGACUAACAACGGUAUGAACAACAACAUGGCUCUGCAAGACGCUGAAUGGUACUGGGGAGACAUCUCAAGGGAGGAGGUCAAUGAGAAACUGAGGGACACUGCGGAUGGUACGUUUCUGGUGCGAGACGCCUCUACAAAAAUGCACGGCGACUACACUCUGACUCUGAGGAAAGGAGGAAACAAUAAGCUCAUUAAGAUAUUCCAUCGGGAUGGGAAGUACGGCUUCUCAGACCCGCUGACCUUCAGCUCCGUCGUCGAGCUCAUCAACCACUAUCGCAACGAGUCGCUGGCGCAGUACAACCCCAAGCUCGACGUCAAGCUGCUGUAUCCAGUCUCCAAACACCAGCAGGAUCAGGUGGUGAAAGAAGACAACAUCGAAGCUGUGGGGAGGAAGCUCUGCGAGUACCACCAGCAGUACCAGGAGAAGAACAAAGAGUACGACCGCCUGUACGAAGAAUACACCAGAACAUCGCAAGAAAUCCAAAUGAAAAGGACGGCGAUAGAGGCUUUUAACGAAACUAUAAAGAUAUUUGAGGAGCAGUGCCAAACACAAGAGCGGUACAGCAAGGAGUACAUCGAGAAAUUCAGGAGAGAAGGCAACGACAAGGAGAUCCAGAGGAUCAUGGGCAACUACGAGAAGUUGAAGUCCCGCAUUAGCGAAAUCGUAGACAGCAAACGCCGACUGGAGGAAGAUCUGAAGAAGCAGGCGGCGGACUACAGAGAGAUCGACAAGAGGAUGAACAGCAUCAAGCCAGACCUCAUCCAGCUCCGUAAGACCAGAGACCAGUAUCUCAUGUGGUUGACCCAGAAGGGAGUCAGACAGAAGAAACUCAACGAGUGGCUCGGAAUCAAGAACGAGAACACAGAGGAUCAAUACUCGAUGGUGGACGAUGACGAAGACCUCCCGCAUCACGACGAGCGGUCCUGGAAGCUGGGCAACAUCAACCGAGUGCAGGCGGAGGCUCUCCUCCAGGGCAAGAGAGACGGAACAUUCCUGGUUCGAGACAGCAGCAAAGCAGGAUGCUACGCCUGCAGCGUUGUUGUGGACGGUGAGGUGAAGCACUGCGUCAUCAACAAGACCCCCUCAGGUUACGGCUUCGCCGAGCCGUACAACCUGUACAGCUCACUAAAAGAACUCGUACUUCACUACCAGCACACGUCUUUGGUCCAGCACAACGACUCUCUGAAUGUGACGCUAGCGUACCCGGUCUACGCCCAGCAGAGACGGUGAGGACCCGGCCGCGACCACGCGGACGCAAGAAAAAGGCCCGACGGGAGCUGGAGACGCCCGUCCUCGGACUCCAUGACUCACAGAGACGUUUGCCUCGCUCGGACUUGAAACGGGAGGAAAAAGACACGAAUGAAGCCUGAAACAUUUCAGUGACUUUGCCCGAGCACGAGCCUGAGGCGAGUCUGAAUGUAGAUUUCUUUCUUUUGCUUUUUCGUGGGAGCACAGAAUCAAGCGGAAACUGCUGAACUCUCCCCCAGCAGAGGACAUCUGAGGCCUUUUCCUAACGGUGCUUGUUCUUUUUCAAAGCUUUACCAGCCGGGAAUGUCUAAUCGCAGCAGAUAAACUCUUCAGAUGGAACAGUACCCACCGGCCACAUCUUUGUUUUUCCACCUUUUUUUUUUUCCUAAGUCAUCUAAGUGUGUGUUUGUCUGUGUUUUCUGCACAAGUGUUUCUGUGUAUGUGGCUAUGAGCGUGUGUGCGAUUGUCCAUGUGACCAAAACUCAUAGAAUCAGGAAACUGUGUGAUGUUGCGGGAUGGGGGGGGGUGCUGUGGAACACAUUUGCUUGUGUUAACUGUUCAGUAGCAGACCAGGGGUCAGCUGAUAAAUGUAGCAAAAUGGCACUUUUUAAAGAAAGUUUAAUGUUUUUUUUUUUGUUUUUGAAAAGACUCCUAUGGACUUUUAUAAGAAGAGCAGCGGGGGGCACGGCGCCCACUUCCUGCCUUCUAACUGUCGAGCAUUACACCGCAGAAGCAAACUUGAUGUUUUCCGUGGGCGGGUGGAACUAUGAAUGGACUAUUUCAUGUACAUAUGUGAAAAAUGUGCAAAGUCAUGAAUCAAAGUGCACCAUACCAAAAAAAGAUCAGUUCCCGUUUAGUUCUGUUCUGAUCUGCUAUGCAAUUCUUUCUCCGUGACUUCUUCAGAGUUGUGUUCUGUUCUGCGACCCACAAUAUAAGCUUGUUUUAUUGCUUGAAAAGUAUCUUUUCCUGUGUAAAUAUCCCAGAGGAUAUUUUGUCAGAACGCCAAGAUACUGUAAAGAAACUGCUUAUGAUUUUUAAAGAUAAUAAUAGCAACAUACACUUUAUUAUAAAUUACUUUAACGACUGGUAUAAAGACGGAAAAGAUGAGUA